AUGAAUAAAAUACCCACUAUUGUGGACGCAACACGCAAACAUAACGAUGUUGAAGUAGAAAGAAAAAGAAUUCGUGCUGUAAGAAAUUUAGAUGUUCUUAUUCAACUAACUAACGAUUCGGAGAAGUCAUCAAGCAAUAAGUCCCCUUCAAGUCAGUUAUGUCAAAUACUCUCGAUUGAUGUUGGAUGUGUUGCCACAGGAUAUUCACAUUUGGAUCGAGCACCAUGUUGUGUAGCUAUUGUCAAUGAUCGAUGUGAGAUCAUCUUCAAUUCAUUGAUCAAACCAGAUAAACCUGUUGUCAGUGACCUGCUUCCCUUCAGUGGUGUACGCACAGCUGAGCUUCGGGAUGCUCCAUCUUUCGACGAAGUACUUGAAAAGGUGCAUUCAUUUUUUACGCCGACUACUUUGAUUGUGGGUCAAUCGGUUAUGAGUGAUAUCGAAUGGAUGAAACUUGAACAAGGUGUGCAUUACAACAGUCUUAUUGAACUGGAUGAUGAAUUUACCACGUUUGAUCCUAAAUAUGGCAUUCAUGAAGCAUAUGUACUGUUAAACAUUGAUCUGAAUGCUGUGGGAGGUCAUGUAGCUAAAAAUGAUGCAAAAGCAAGUAUCAAAUUGUACAAUGAAUAUUUAAAAGAUAAAAAUCAAUCGAAGCUUGGACAGGCGCAGAAUGCACUUCUUAAAGCACCAACGAAAAUUCCACUAUUUCGACAAUUUUCUGGUAGUUAUGAAGGAGUUUGCUUGUCUGCAUUCAAUCGAGGAUAUUGUCGUUGUGGACAACCAUUGAUUAGUGAAUUACACAAACAAACUAAUGAAAAAAAGCGGCGAAAUUCCAAUGAUCGAAAAGAAGAAGGAUUAUCUACAUCGAUACAUAAGAAAAUGAAAGUGCUCAAUAAAAAAAGUCAAUCUUGA